AUGCAAAGAUCAUGUCUGGCGUGGCUCCUCCUGGUGCUGCCCAAGUCGAGCUGCGAGUUCCUCGAGGCCUUGUUCAGGAAUUCCGGUGCGCCGAAGCCGGAAGUUUCAGAGCUCCUGCAGCUUCUUCGGGGCAAGGCGCAGGAGCAGUGGCAGCUCAUUGAGAAGCAGGCUCUGAUGAUUCGAGAUCUGGAGCAGGAACUGGAGCGCUUCAAGGCUGAGCUGGUACUUCUGAAAGCACGCCGCCAAGCACAGC